AUGACAUCAGCUCUCAGUGGUGUUGUUUCAAAGGCCGCGCUUUUUGUGCGCCCCCAAUAUGCGCAGGAACGGGAUUUGCUUUCCGUGAUCAAGUUUAAGCUGUAUGAGGCGGGAUUUAUUAUUGUUCAUGAAGAAUACCGGCGCAUCAAUGAGGAAAUGGCAGACACCAUCGGUGUUCAGCUUGACCGUGCCGCAUUCCUCAGCGGUAGCGCCGCUCCAGUGGUACCCUCCGAGUCCGUCGGGGGAUCCCAUCCCAUGUUUACGUGCCAGCACGCGACCUCCGUCCCAAUGGGGCCGCAGGAGCUUGUGGGGCACGUGUACUUGUACGUGCUUGCACGACGGGACUGUCAUGCGGAAUUGCUGAAGUGGUUGGAUCAUGUAUUUGCAGAGACGGACUUCACAUCGUUGCUGAUGUCGAUUCAAGAAAAGGCUGCGCACGAAGGUGCCAACGCGGCGGCGGCGGCGGCGCCAAAGGAAGGAGACGAAGAAGAAAUCCCCGAACAAACCUGGAUUCCAUGUCCGCUGUUUUGCAACGCCGCUGCUGUUGCGGCUAAGCAGGUGGUUCAGCUACUGUUUCCACGCAUGUUAGUGCAGGAAGUUCCGAACGCUGCUGCCUCGAGGGAAUACGUGCAGGCAGAGCUGAAGGGGACCUUGUUACCCGCACUCGUGGAGUUGUCCAAAGCAAAGCCAGAGAAUCCAAUUCGGUGGCUGGCGGAGCGGCUUCUCAAUACUAACACGCGUGCCCCACCGCUGAUUCCCGCAUCGGGCCUUAAUGGAACGAGUUGA